UCUUGUAGUAGCUGGCCUCCACCAUACUUGUCAGCCGGGCUGAAUCAGCACCGAAAGAACCCGAGGUGCUGGCCCGUCUCGCGGACGCAACAACGCCCUCAGAGAAUAUGUGAUUUGUCAGGGUUGAUCGAGUCUAAUCGAUUCCAACUCGAUAGCAGCGAUCCACCUCCUUUUGUUUUCCCAUCCCUUUCUAGUAGAAACAAAAGUGAAUAUGACACUAACGAUGUAAAUUUUAAUUAUGCACCGUUAUUCCAAUAUCAAGUAGGACACGAACUUAAUAUUUUUAAUGAUGUGAUGCAUAUGGCGACCUUUUUACUCAUGCGUCUCACGCUCCCUUGACGCGCGUCACGUCGAUUUGUCGAUGCUUGUGCCGUGACUUAAGUCGUGUGACUGGUGCAUGCUGCAUUCGUUGGGGAGGUAGUGAAUGAUGUGUCGUCUGCGACGCCUCCAAGAUCUCUGCCAUAGAGCAUAUGACACGAAUCCUCUCACCGCGGUUGUGCUGUUUACCAAGUGAUGUGACGCGAUCGGUUGAUUCGUGCGAAGGCCCAUAAACGACAGUGACUACGACAACGACCACGACAAGUGGCGUCCUUUCUCCCACCACAGCUCUCCGGCUGCGCUCCGAGUCCCGCUUUGCUUCCCUUAUCGCCGCCGCCGCCGCCCCCGCCCGAUCCCCCGGCCACCCUCUGCCUCGAUAGACUCUUCGUUCCAUGGAGGGUCUCCGCCAUCAGCGAUCCCCCGGCUCUGACCGCUUCCUCGGCCUCUUCUCUCCGCCCCCGCCCGACCAACCCGCCGGGGUCGAGCUCCACGAGUCCGAUGUGCUGUGGACCUCACUCGACCCGGCGCCGUCUCUGCCGGAGACGGCGAAGCCUAGCCCUAGCACCUUCCUCUCCCUCUCCUCCCGUGGCGCUCCCCGCGGCCCGAGGGACCGGAGCUUCGGAAUCCUCGCCGCCCUACCGGAGGACGACGGGGGCUGCGUCCCCGCCGCUGCUCCCCCUCUCCUCCAGCGGAAGCCAUCAAUUUCCGCCUCCUCCAACUCCCCGUCUUCCUCGUCCACCACCGCGGCGCGGAUGAUCCCCGCGAUCCCCAGAGCGAAGCCGGAGUACUCGCUCUCGGUGCCGGUGGGGAAAGUGCACCGACCGCAGUCGCUUCCGAUCAAUGUGCCUGUCGUGCCCCGGAGAACGACGGGGCUCGGGGUGGAGGGCGCCGAUGGGGCAGACGACGGAGGCGGGGACGAGCACGAGAUGAUGAUGCCGCCUCACGAGAUCGUGGCGAGGACUCACGGGAAGGGAUCGAGGAUGACAACCUUCUCGGUGCUGGAAGGGGCAGGGAGGACGCUGAAAGGAAGGGAUCUGCGGCGCGUCCGUGACGUAGUGUUGAGGCAGACGGGAUUUGUGGAUUGAUACGUUGUGUGUGCAGUCUUAGCUUGGAACGAUGCCCAAAGUAGAGUGACAAAAUCGAAACAAGAAAGCAUCAUGCAAUUGGUAAGCGGAAAAUGGUGUUUUGAUCCGUGACUGACUAAUGAUCAAGACAAAUUUUCGUAUGGCAGUUGAUGCAAUUGAUCAAGUAAGAAUGUGGGCAUUGCCGUAGACUCUCUGGCUCUUUUUAUCAAGUCCAAAUUUUAUGUGCGAAGGAAGAUCUUGGAGGACAACAGCAUUUCAUUUUAGUGGUUCUAAGUACGUAGGUCGAGAAGACCGAACCACUAUGUAGAGCAAGGGGAUCAUCAACCUCCCUUUGUCACGGAAAUGACGACUCAUGCGAGUUACUAAUUUUGAUAUUCGCACAAAGCUGAUAAAUUUCCUGUAAAAUGCAAGUAUUUUGAUGUCAUGGUGUGUUGAAAUCGCAUCGAUCCAAAUACUUUUAUUGGA